AUGCAAGCGGCCACCGCCUCCGGGCUGGAUGUCUCGAGGACGGGCGGGCCCCGAGAGGACGGGCGCAACGCCCCGAAUAACUACACAGGACACUGUAGCCAAAUCUUUCCCCCUCAGCUUGGCACGCUACAGAUAAUUCAUGGCGAUGGCACCGCCGUCGGAACGGUGAUAACAUUCCAGUGCUCCGCUCAGCACCUGCUUGUGGGACAGGGACUCGUAACCUGCAUAUGGAAGGGAGACAGUACACAGUGGACUGCUGGAGUUCCCUCAUGCAAACCCAUAUCGAAAUAUGAGGCUUUUGGAUUUAAAGUAGCAGUGAUUGCCUCCAUUGUGAGCUGUGCCAUCAUCCUGCUGAUGUCUAUGGCUUUUUUGACCUGUUGUCUCAUCAAGUGUGUUAAGAAAAAUGAAAGGAGGAGAACUGAAAGGGAUAUGCAACUGUGGUACCAGCUCAGAAGUGAAGAACUGGAAAACAUGCAAGCUGCUUAUUUUGGUUUUAAAGGCAGAAAUAACAACAAUAAUAAACCCUUCGGGAAUAAACCAGUAUUUGAUGAUGGGACUAACCUGGCAUAUGACAAUGAAGGCUUCUGCAGAUUCCACCAAGAACGGACUAGGGACAUCGCAGCUUCUGCGUGUUGCAGAGAAAAUGACUGUCAGCCCAAGUUCAACACAAGCGAUAGUGCACCUAUUAAACAAUUACUGCCAGAACAUAACGUUCCAAUACAUACAGUGAGUACAAUACAUGUUGUUGAGGUCUAUAGACAUGAUAAGGAUAUUUAUAAGAAACUCAUCUCUCGUAUACCUGGAUAAUCAAUGUCAGAAACAAAUAAUUUGCUGUGUUGGACCAAAAUGAAAUAUGGUUAGAAAUAUGUGCCUUAAAGACUGCAUAGAAAACUACUUAAUUAUUCUUAUGAAUCUGAAAAUUUUAUACAUCAAGAUUAUUUUAAAAUGCUUCCAGAUUUAACUUAAAUAAAAUAAUGAAUGUUGAUGCUUACAAUAAGUAGCCAUUCUCUACAAAGUGCUAAAUAUCA